AUGCGCCCAUCAACGCCCAGCGAUCAAAGCGGCGGCCACAGGGCCUUCCGGGAAACUGGGCGCGCGCCGCCCUCCCUCGUCAAAACUACGCCGCAAAACGACCACAACUCCUAUCUCCGCACUCUCUCAGAACAUCCCCAAACGGCGCACGGAGUUUCCUUUCAGAGUCAUUCCAUUCAGAUGUCCUUAUCAUUCGGCUGGCCGCAGAGUCGGCUAAUGAAAUAUGGCGCGGCGUGCCUGCCUCAUAAUGGCGGCGCGGCCGACGCGCGGCUCCUGCCACGCCGCGGGCCAGUCGCCGCAACGCCCGGCCGCGGC